ACUCUUGCGCGGCGAGUUGCAGAGACGUCGCAGCAGCAGCAGUAGCAGGAGAAUGACGAGCGAGGGUAACGAAACGCGGAACCCCGCGGAAGGUGGACCCCCCAAACUGCAGUUUGUCCCCUUCAGCAGCGCCUUGGAUGCUGGCUUUUGGCAUGAGCUGACCCAGAAGAAGCUCAAUGAGUACAAGCUCGACGAGACCCCCAAGGCGAUCAGAGGCUAUUACUAUAAUGGAGAUCCUGCUGGUAUGCCAGCUCGUUUAACACUGGAAUUUAGUGCUUUUGAUAUGAAUGCCCCAACACCAGCACAUUGCUGUCCUGCUAUUGGAACAUUGUAUAACACCAAUACUUUGGAAGCAUUCAAAUCCUGUGAUAAGAAGCUUCUUCUUGAGCAAGCCGCAAAUAAGAUAUGGGAUGCAAUAACAUCAGGGACUGCUGUUGAGAAUCCUGUCUUACUGAACAGAUUUAUCCUAUUAACAUUUGCUGAUUUGAAGAGAUAUCGUUUCUAUUACUGGUUUUGUUACCCUGCACUUUGUCUCCCAGAAGGUAUCCCUUUGAUUCAGCAGCCUGUGUGCCUAGGUGCAAAAUUCUCAGCUACUCAGAUUGAAGCUCUCCAGAAUGCGUAUGAUGAACUUUGUCAGAAAGAAGGCCUUACAGCUCUGCCUUUUUUUCUCAUCAAGUACCACGAUGAUUCUGUUCUUGUUUCCUUGCUCAGAAACUGGGACGACUUCUUUUCUGAUCACAAGGAGAAGGUGACAAUUGGUGUUUACGAUCCCUGUAAUUUUGCCCAGUAUCCUGGUUGGCCACUGAGAAACAUAUUGGUCCUGGCAGCACACAGAUGGGGCAGCCACCUGCAUUCUGUCCAAGUGCUCUGCUUCCGAGACAGGACCAUGCAGGGAGCAAGAGACAUUUCACACAGCACCCUUUUUGAAAUAAAGCUUCCGCAAGUGACACAGAAUUCAGGUUGUCCAAAAGCUGUUGGAUGGGAGAAAAACCAAAAAGGAGGUAUGGGCCCAAGAAUGGUCAAUCUGAGCGAGUGCAUGGACCCGAAAAGGUUAGCUGAAUCAUCGGUGGAUCUGAACCUUAAAUUGAUGUGUUGGCGGUUAGUGCCUACUCUUGACCUGGAGAAAGUUGUGUCUGUGAAGUGUCUUCUCCUAGGAGCUGGUACGCUGGGUUGUAGUGUAGCCAGAACUUUGAUGGGAUGGGGAGUCAGGAAGAUCACAUUUGUGGACAACGCAAAGAUUUCUUAUUCCAACCCUGUGCGGCAACCACUCUAUGAAUUUGAAGACUGCCUCGGGGGUGGGAAGUCCAAAGCACUUGCAGCAGCAGACAGGCUCCAAAAAAUAUUCCCUGGAGUGAAUGCUGAAGGUUUUAAUAUGAGUAUCCCAAUGCCAGGUCACCCAGUAAAUUUUUCUGACGUCACCUUGGAGCAGGCCCACAAGGAUGUGACACAACUGGAGGAGCUCAUUGAUGCCCAUGAUGUCAUCUUUUUGUUAAUGGACACCAGGGAAAGCCGGUGGCUUCCUGCUGUUAUUGCAGCCAGCAAGAGAAAGCUGGUAAUCAAUGCUGCCCUGGGAUUUGACACCUUUGUUGUGAUGAGACAUGGACUGAAGAAGCCAAAGCAUCAAGAGGUGGGCGAUUCUCCCUGCAAUAAUCCUUCAGCUUCAGCUGAUCUUCUGGGAUCAUCACUCUUUUCAAAUAUCCCUGGUUACAAACUUGGUUGCUACUUCUGCAAUGACGUUGUGGCACCGGGAGAUUCCACCAGGGAUCGAACAUUAGAUCAACAGUGCACUGUCAGUCGACCAGGAUUAGCCAUGAUAGCAGGAGCCCUUGCUGUGGAAUUAAUGGUAUCCAUUUUGCAGCACCCAGAAGGUGGCUAUGCCAUUGCCAGCAGUAGUGAUGACAGAAUGAAUGAACCUCCCACCUCUCUUGGGCUUGUGCCACAUCAGAUUCGAGGGUUUUUAUCAAGAUUUGAUAACGUCCUUCCCGUCAGCCUGGCUUUUGACAAAUGCACAGCCUGUUCUCCCAGAGUCCUUGAGCAGUAUGAAAGAGAAGGCUUUAAUUUCUUAGCAAAGGUUUUUAAUUCCUCACAUUCCUUCUUGGAAGAUCUCACAGGUCUGACUCUGUUGCAUCAGGAGACCCAAGCUGCUGAGAUCUGGGACAUGAGCGAUGAUGAAACACUCUGAAAGCUCAGUGAAUGAAGUGAAAGAUGACCCACUUCAGGGUGUGUUGGUGUGGGUUUUUUUGUCAGUCAUAUGACAAAUUAACGAUUGCUUACUUAACUGUGGCUGUUGUAAAUAGAAACACUUAACGGUGCACAACUUUUAUUGGGAUGGGACAGUAUUGCAAUUCAAGGCACUUGUACUGUGAGUGUUUCUUCUCUUUCUAUUGUGUGUGAGAAAUACAUAUAUAAGAGAGUUAAAAUUAAAAUCUCUCUAUUUUUUCCAGCUUCUAAAUAUAGCUUAUAUUUAAAAUACCUCUGAAGAAAACUUCUUUGUUUAUUUUUCUCCCAGUUUCCCACUUUCUUUUAAGUAAACAUUCUGAACAAAUUAAUGCCUUUUGAAACAAAUUCAGGGAUUUCUGGCCAAUGUAUCCUUGUCUCUGAGGUAGACAAUAAGAAAUUAGUCACAUUGAGAAUAAAUAGAAUGAUGGGGUCCACAUGUUUAGUCUCUCAAAAAGACAUUUCCUCUGGUUAUUCUGCUACCAACCUUGUCCUUCCUGUAUAUGCCAACACUCUAUAUAUAUUCUCAACUUUAGUGCCUUUUAAAAAAAAUGGUAGUUGAUAACAUAUGAUUUUCUUCCUUCCAAUACUAAUAGUUCAUCUCUGCUGCCUCCAUAGUGAGGUGAUUGCCCACCAACACCAAAACUAUGCCAUGAGCCUCCAAAGUAUAAUGAAUUUAAAUAAUAAUAAUAAUAAGGGAAACUAUGUUAUUUACUGAUUUUAAUAGAAGUAUUAUUUUAUCUUCUUUGUCAGCACAUAAACAAUGAAACAGCUGUGCAGAAUCUUCAUGCUAGCAUUUUGUGCCCUUUGCCAUUGGACUACUUUCUCAAAUCGUUUCUGGUUGCAGUCACAAAUCUGGAGAGGCUCAAAGUAGCCAGAUUAUGGCAUAUCAUGUUAACAGCAUACUUUUAACCUGCAUAUUGCUCACUGAAUCUUGUCUCUACUUGAUUUCUUAUUUCUACUAAUUACGAAACCCCUGUUUAUUUCGUCUUACGUUUUUCUAUCUAGUAAGUUAAUCUAGCUCUUGGGAAGGGGUGUGCAUUUU